AAUAGUGCCUACCUCCUAACUGUAAGGAUUAGAGAUAAACUAGUUAAAUAUUUAGCAAUAGGGCCAGAAUAUAAUGAGUCUAACAUGUGUGACCUAUUUAUUACUUUUAGGCUUUAAGUAAUCGCUCAUUGAAUAGAAUCAGGAAUGUAUAAGGUGUGAUCUUUGGAGUAAAUGGUAACUAACUGAAGAAGGGCAAGAAGUCAACGAAACAUCCUUUGAAAGUCGCCUCAUACAGUAACUGGGGAUACCUAUAAAAGUUUAAAUAAGUCACAAGAAAUGUACGCCUAAGGCUGGAAUACUACAUUUCCCAGAAAUCUCUAGGAGCCUACAACUCCCAAGCACCCCUUGGCCGCUGACGUCUCUCGGAAACGUGCACGUGUAGGCGCGCGGCGUGCGUUAUGGCGGCCAGACGCUUCUUCGGGGCUACCCGGACCUGGGCCGGCUGGCGAGCCAGGGAGCUCCUGGACCCCGCCGAUCCUGGAAGACUCCUUGUACGGGAUUAUGCCAAGAGACCGGUCAUCAAGGCGGGGAAAGGCGGCAAAGGCGGCGUGGUCAGCGAGGCCCUGAAGGACCCGGAGGUGUGCACGGACCCUGUGCAGCUCACCACGCACGCCAUGGGCGUCAACAUCUACAAGGCCGGCCCCGACGUGGCCCUGAAGCCCGACGCGGAGUACCCCGAGUGGCUGUUCCAGAUGAACGUGGGCCCCCCCAAGAAGCUGGAGGAGCUGGACCCCGAGACGCGGGAGUACUGGCGGCUGCUGCGGAAGCACAACAUCUGGCGUCACAACCGGCUGAGCAAGCAGCGGAAGUUCUAGCGGGGGCGGGACCGGCCCCGAGGACCCUCCCCACCCGCCCCCACGGAGACUCGCUUUGCCUGGAGGAAUCAGGCUUUUCCCAGGGCAGAGGGGGCCCCGUGUGCCCAGCACGGUGAGGCUGCCUCAGGGCCCCGGGGGGCCAUAAAGACCCCUGGGGCCCAGCCUUGGUGGGUGCCGUCUGAGAUGGGCCGACGGCGGGGAGGUGGCACUCAGACCCGGCGCCCAGGGCCCCGGUGUCCACCCCCGGCUGGGCUUCUGCAGGCCCGUCUUCGCCUCCAGGCCUAACUGGGCUGCUCGCUCUGAGUCCAGGACCCCUCCCACUGCCCCGCAGGCCCCUGUGCCCGUCCUCGAGGGGGAGGGCUUUCUAGCCAAGCUCCUCUUGGUUGCAAGGGAACCAAACCUGACCCAGGCCGUCGGAACCAGAAGAGCCUUUGUGAGCCUCGGGGACUGAGAUGUCCAGGAGGAGCUCUGGCUUCAGGCAGGGCUGGAUCCAGCUGUUUCAAUAUUUGGAUGUGUGUCUCUUUCUCUCUCUCAGUCCUUUUAACCUCCAGUGGGUAGUUCCCAGGCAGGGGUGGCUUCAGGGCUCCUGGCUGACACCCCCACCCCAGCUCAGUAAGGACCUUCCUUCCUGCCAAGGUCAUGGGGGCUUUCUUCACUGGCCAAUCACUUGAGCCCAGGGACCUGGGGCUUCUGAGCAUCCCCCUGUCCACCCCCGCCCGCACCCCAGCAGGAACCACAUCCUGGAGCCGGCAGUGGGCACCGUGAACCUGACCCCCAGCCCACGUGAGAAGCGCGGCUCCCGCCUGCCCUCCUGUCCUGCCCAGCCCGGAAGGAGGGGUUUGGGGGCAGGGUCCCAGGGGGCUGGCCCUUCACCAGGGUCUGCACAGCCCCGCCCUCUCCUGAGUAGGUGCUUGUGGGGAGCGGGCACCGCCCGGUGGGACUAGACCAGGGCACUGCCCCUCCAGGACCUGUGCAGGUUGGGCGCCGGGUUAAUUCCUCCCGGUCCCAGGAAAAUGAGAGCCCUCAUCCGCUUAGGACUCUGCCAAGCGGAUUACUGCACACCUGCCCGCCCUGCUGGCCCGCCCUGGGCAGGCCGAGAGUCCCAACACUCUCAUGCAUCCCCCUGGCUCUCAGGGUAGAAACCAAAGUUGUCACGGCCAUCAGGCCUGCACCACCUGCCCCGUCCCCUCCCGGCCCUCCUUCCUCCCUCUCCCCCUCGCUCCCUCUGCUCCAGCCACACAGGCUCCUCGCUGCUCCUCCAACACACCAGGCCUGAUCCUGCCCCAGGGCCUUUGCACGGGCUAUGCCCUCUGUCGGAUUACUCUUCCCCCAGGUGUCCCCAUGGCUCCCUCCAUCUCCAGGUCUCUGCUCUGAGGUCACCUUGUCUACAAGGCCUCCCCUGACCACUUAUUAAAUUGUAACUCUGCCACACA